AUGGGAUCUGGCUGGAGGGCGUUCAUCCGAGCCCUGCCCCUGCUCCUGCCCCUGCUGUCCUUGCCGCAGCCCAUUCCUGGGAGCAGCCCAGAGGAAGGUGGGCAGGCGGACACACAAGGACCCCCACCUACUCCAGGUGACUGGAUAAGAGCAGCUUUGAAUGAGCAUAAUCUCCCCUACUUCCCUGUCUUCCAGGGGGCUCAGGAGGAAGCUGGCCGGCUGGCUGCUGUGGCCGGGGCCAUGACCCGGGGACACCGGGAAGGACCUGGGUCCCGAGGGCCCAGGAGGCCUCUAAAGGCAUUUCUGAUGACUCAGAGAGAGGUCCACGCUAAUCCUGCGCCUUUUAUGAACACCGACGAGUCCAGCCGUCCUCUGGGUGCGCGGACACGGGCGGAAGGAGACCCGGGACUGGAGAAACCACCCUCGCUGGUGUCGCUGGUGUCGUGGGACAAGAACAUUCUGGAAACAACUGGUGAAGCGCCAUUAAGUGUGGUCAGCGGGAGAACAGGGGCUGCUUCAGAUCCAGGUGACAGUGCCAACAGAAACAACCAGGAACCUUCCGUUAAAAUCUCCAGCUCCUGGAGCAGCCGUGGCCCGCGCCCCUGUCGCCAACGGAUGUGUGUGGCUGGGAAAGUAAGCAGUGCCUUCUGUGGUCUUCCCCAGUGCACCCGCCCUGUGGUGGGCUCCUGCAGCGUGACGGUGGGGACCCCCUCCUGCACCACGGGACGGCAGCGCUCUGCAGAGGACGUGGCCCCGGACCUGCUUCCAGGGACUGACGUCACGUCGGCCGCUGUCGCGAUGGGGGCCCCGGUCGGGGCGCGUGCAUCCACUGAAACCAGCGCCCCGAUUUCACAUUCUCCCACCUUGCCCAGAAGCUGCCUCGGCCACGAUGGCUUGGUGUCCUGGCCUCGUCCCAAGCAGCUCUGUCCCCUCACUCAGUGUCUCCCUGGGGCCAUCUCCGUGCAAGGUCCUGCCGACGCAGUUGAUCCCGCCGUUCAUUGCUUCCCAGAAGCUGACACUUGGGCCCCUCCGAGUCUGGGGUUUCGGGUCCAGGUGGCUUCCGAUGCGAGUCUGUGUCUGCUCCUGGAUUUCGGGGACGGCUGUGGAGUUCAAGUGAGGAUCCGCGACGUGUCCGAGGGAACGGCGGUCACCGCCUUCCACCAGUUUGGGAAAGAAGGAGUCUACAUGCUCAAGGCAGUUAUUCACAGUGAGUUCUGUGGAACUGAAAAGGAGCUCGGCCCCUAUUAUGUGGACAUCGGCCCUGCGACCGUGUCCGUGUCCAUGAACUCCAGCAGCAUCCACAAAGACGGGCUUCUUGUCCUCACGGACUCCCGCACGGAUCAGAAAGGCACUGUCGUCACACAUCGUUUUCCAACUGGGCCCUCGUGGAACGUGUCCUUCACUUCUCGGACACGAGCGGGCGGCGGCCAGGCGUGGAAACCCGUGACUGUUCGGUUCCAGAUGCAGCCCGUCUCUGUCUACACUAACGGAACCGUGUUUGCCACCGACACCGACAUCACCUUUCUGGCUGUGACCAAGGAGACGGUCCCCCUGGAGUUCCUGUGGUAUUUCGGAGAAGGCCCACCCGUGAGGACAACUUCCAGGAGCGUUAGGAAAAGACUCCGCAUCCCCCAGUGGUACAGCGUGACGGUGCAGGCUUCCAGCAGGCUGGGCAGGGUGGCCUCGGAGCCCCACCGCAUCAGGGCGCAGAGGAGAAUCAUCGCCAAUCGGCUCGCGUCCCCGUCCUCAGCUCUGCUCAACACCAGCGUGACCUUUGAGUGCAGACUCAACUUCGGCAGCGACGUCGCUUUCCUGUGGGACUUUGGGGACGGCGCCGUGGGCCCGGGGGGCAGCUCUGCCAGCCACAGCUACAGCAGGGAAGGGGAGUUUACCGUCCAGGUCCUCGCCUUCAACGAUGUCAGCACCGCCUCCCUGAGAAAGCAAAUUUUCGUCGUGCGUGAGCCCUGCCAGCCGCCCCCGGUGAAGAACAUGGGGCCGGGGAAGGUGCAGGUAUGGAGAUCUCAGCCCGUGAACCUGGGUGUGACAUUCGAGUCUGCGAUCCUCUGUGACAUCUCCCAAGGCCUCUCCUACACCUGGACCUUCUGGAACUCCGAGGGGGCACGGGUGCCCCUGCCCGCUGCUGUCAGCACUCACGGGCAGACCCUCACCGUCCCCGGCUACUUCCUGCAGCCCGGGAACUACACUGCACUUGCCAAGGUUCAGGUGGAAGGCAGCGUCGUGCACAGCAGCUACCGUGUGGGGGUGGAGGUGCGAGCCCGGGCCCCCGUGAGCGUCAUCUCCGAGGGCACGCACCUGUUCAUCUCCAGAGCCCCCUCGUUCAUCGUCGUCCUCAGGGGAUCCCAGUCCUAUGACCCAGACAGUCCUGGGGCCGUUCUCAGGUAUCACUGGAGGUGCACCGCGGCCAGCGCCCCUGGGCACCCCUGCUUCUCCGCCUCCUCCCCACGCAGCCUGGACGCCGGGGCUCCCACCCUUUCCUUUCCUGCGGACUCUCUGAGUGACAGCUAUGACCAGUUUCUCGUGACACUGAUGGUGUCCAGCGGUGGCCGGAACUCUUCAGAGGCACAGGUGUUCCUGUCCCCUCGCCCCAACUCGGCACUCAGAUUUGUCCACAUCUCCUGGGUCAACUUUAGAGACGUCUUUGUUAACUGGAACGAGGAACUUUGUCUUCAGGCUGAGUGCGAAGUCUGUGGCCAAGUGUCCGGGCUGUCCUACUCCUGGGACCUCUUCCUGGUCAACGCAACAGAAGGGACUAGUGUGGAAGUUCCCUUUUGUAGGACGGUGGGGCUGCUGGGCUCUGCCGGGCUGGGGGCCGUUUCCAGGCCACCAGAUUCCAGUCCACCGUCCACGGAGCCGAGCUGGCCGGAGUGCCACACAACGGGAGCGCCGUUCUCACAGGAGCCGCCACAGACCCGGGGCCAGCCCGGCCUUUCAGCCGCGGGGAAACCCUCCUCAGGGCCCACGGUCAGCCGACACUGGGUUCCCGCCACGGGUGACGCUGCGGCCCUGGGAGUGACUCCCCAGGACCAGGGCUCUCCAGGACCCAGCUCCCCUGGAGGAAGUUCGCCCUCCCAGGGACUGUCCCCUUCCCCCUCUGAUUUUGAAGCCUAUUACGGCAAUAUCCAAGAAGCAGAGCUGUCCAGAGGGAGACAGCCCGCUGACUGUGAGUCCCUCACCUACUUCUCUUCGGGCUCCCUGCGCUUCCAAAAGCCCCAGGCCCAUGGGGGGGAGGAGCCUGCUGCACCCCUGCCUAUGGAGGUGCAGGGUGUCUGCCCGCUCCCCUGCCUUCAGAGCUUUCCCGUGACGGCUUCCGUGUGCCCCUUCUCCGCAGGUAUCACGGGACAGACUGUGACAAUCAAGCCAUUCGCACUGAGCCCUGGGAAGACCUACGUCCUGCAAGCCUCUGUGGCCUCCAAGCACGGCUUCCUGGGGCGAGCUCAGCUUUACGUGACGCUCAGGCCAGCUCCGUGGGCCGUGACCUGUCAAGUGCAGCCACAUCGUGGCCUCGAGGCACACACCGUCUUCAGCAUCUUCUGCAUGUCAGGGAGACCGUGCUCCCAGGCCCAGUGCUCCCAGGUGGGACCGGUCCCGUUUGCUAGUGGCCUUGAGCUGCCGGCUCCCAGGGCCUGCAGGUCAGACGAGUGCCGAGGAAGUGGGAUCAUGCUGUCCACCGAGAUCACAGAUGGCUCGGGCUCCCGGGCACAGCCGUGUGCCGUGGCGGUGACUGUGCUGCCCCGUCUCCACGGGGGUCUCUGCCUGGACGAGGACAUAUAUAAUUCCAGCCUGAAGCACCUGUCCACCCUCCAGCUGAUGGGCAGUUACGCAGAAAUCAGGAACUACAUCACCAUGAUCGCCAGGAUCCUGAGUCGCUGGCCUGCAGACGACAGAAGUCCCCCGUGCGGCCAGUGGUCACGAAUACAGGAUGCGCUGAUUUCUUCCGCAUGCAGACUGCCUUCCACAGAUCAGGAGGAAAUGCUUGAUUCUGUUCUCCUGUUCAGGGACCUCCUGCGCUUCCCUCACAAGGUAAGCUUUACGAGUGCAGCUCUCGUCCUGAAGUCCACCCAGGCGCUCCUGGCUCAGAGCCUGCUCUCGGGGAGGCCCGCGGUGGCUGAGCGCACGAUGCUGGAGCUUAUACUGCUGGUGUCUGCCAUCUGGGAAGUGUCCGACCAGGAGACCCCGAGGAACGUGGGCUUCCUCCAAGAAGAGGGCAUUAAGGUCAUCUCGGCCCUCUUGUUGGAAGGUCUCUCUGCAGCCAAGGAGCGUCAGCUCUGUGUCAGCGCUGGGCAGAUGGAGUUCUGCACGCUUCUUCAUCACGACCAUCAGGGCGCUGUGCAGAGCCUGGGCCCUGUGCGCGUGCAUUUACCUGGUGGCCUGGCCAGACAGAGGCCUGCGGUGGCGGGGAUGCAAAGCCCGUGUUACAUUAGCCAGCUCAUGCUCUUCAAGAAGAACCCGUAUCCGGGGCGACGAGCUCCCGGCCAGAUUGGCUCGCUUGUCGCCCUGUCCCUGUUCACCUGCUCUGGCAGAAGGCCCAUCAGCAGGCAGCGGCUGAGGGAGCCUGUGGUCGUGGAGUUCGGGGAGGAAGACGGCCUGGGUGAGAGGAGAAACAGGACGACCUUUGCGUUGCUUCGGGAGACAGUGAAUUUUCAUCGGUUCACCGGGCGUUCCGAAAGCCCCCAGGAGUCUCUGCAGAUAAGGAUAGAAUUCUCUAGGCCCAUUUCAAGAGCGUUCCCGGUCAUGGUGCUGGUAAGGUUCUCUGAGAAACCUACUCCUUCCGAUUUUCUCGUGAAAAAGGUCUACGUCUGGGAUGAGCCCAUGGUACACGUGUAUGUCCCUGCCACUUCUCUGAGAGACACAAGCUUGGGAUACUUAUCCUUACUGGAUGCUGACUAUGACAGAAGCCCUCGGAACAAGUAUUUGGCCAAGGCCGUCAACUACACUGUGCGUUUCCAGUGGCUCCGAUGCGUCUUCUGGGAGACGAGGGAAUGGAGGUCUGCAAACUCCUCUCCGCAGCCAGGAGCUUCUCCAGGGAAAGUGAGCUGCAGCUACGAUCGCCUCGCACCGGUCUCUGUCGCAAGAAGAAACCUGAGUGCCGGCUUUUCAGUGGAGGGCGUUUCCAAGCUGCAGAGACACCCGGGAAACCUGCUUCCCAGUAUUUUGAUUGCGGUUUCUGUGGUUCUCUAUGCACUUUUGGUUACCAAAACCAGGCGUGUGGAUCGUCACGAGAGAGAGAAGGCGGGGUACAUUUUCCUGCAAGAAGACACUCCAGCCGACCACCAGCUGUACGCGGUUGUUGUAGACACAGGCUUCCGGGCUCCAGCCCACUGUAGCGCCAAGGUUUACAUUGUUUUGUGUGGAGAAAAUGGAGUUUCAGAACCCAGAGAACUCUACUGUCCAGAGAAGCCCCUGUUUAAAAGGAACUCCAGACAUACCUUUGUCCUGAGCACCCCAGCUCUGCUGGGCCCGCUCCGCAGGAUCCGCCUCUGGCACGACAGCCGCGGGCCCUGCCCCGCCUGGUACGUGAGCCACCUCAUGGUGCAGGAGCUGGGCACCGGGCCCGCGCGGCGCUGGCUCUUCCCCGCUGAGUGCUGGCUGGCAGCGGGCUGGGGGGAUGGCCACGUGCAGCGGGAGCUGGGCUGCCUUCGCCGGGGACCCGGCUUCUGGAAGCUCUUGUAUUCGAAGUUCACGGAGUAUCUGGAAGACUUCCACGUCUGGACCUCCGUGUACAGCCGGCCCUCACCCAGUGGCUUCCUGCGCACCCCGCGCCUCACCGUCGCCUUCACCUUGCUGUGCGCAUACGCGUGUCUUGCUGCCCUGGUCACCGCCUCGAGGCAAGAGCGGCUCCCGUGGGCUCUGGGCGCCCCCGACGCGGCCUAUAGGUCCUUCCAGACGGGUCUCCUGUGCACCCUGCUGGUGUCUCCCGCGGCUCAGCUCUUGUCGCUGCUCUUGAGGCUCGGCCAGGAGCCCAGCGGGCCACGCCAAGUGAAGCCCCGCCUGCCCCCGAGGAGGGCGCCCAUGGGGGCAGCACAGGGCCCUAACUCCCAUGGCAGGACACCAGAGGCUCGGAAGAUACACAAGCGUAACACUCUCCCUGGGUGCGCCAGGGCCCGCAGAAGGGCGGCAGGCGGUGACGGUGCAGGCGGUCCGACCCCAGAGCUGGAGGCCUGCGGAGCUGACCCCCGCCAGCGGGCCGAGGGGGAGGAGGGGGCACAAGUCCCCACCAGUGGGUCUGGACGACUUGCUGUGCUCCAGUGGCCGAGGGCACCACCGCCUUGGUCAGGCAUCGCAGCGUGGGCCACUUGCUGGAUGGUGUCUGUGGCCUGUGGCUUGGGGACGGCAUUUCUGGGGUACAGGUUUAACCCAACACAAUGCACACAGUGGCUGCACCUGCUGACCCUGUCCGUGCUGUGCUGUGUUUUUGUCACCCAGCCACUUCUGGUCGGCCUCGUGGCCUUGGGCUUUGCCUGGAGAAAGAGAGACGACCCACAUUUCUUCACCGAGUCUCUGCGCGAGGCCACCAAGGACCUGGGCUCUGAGCUGGAAGGACAUGUAAGGUCCCCCAUGGCCCACCGUGCAAGCCAGAUGGAGGAGAUGGUGGCUGCCCGACAGCGAGCACGCCGCCUGCGCUGGGCACGUCCACCGUCCGCGGCCCAGCUCAGCGUCACCAGGGAGAGGAUGAGGAGAGAGACCCGGACGCGGGUGGCCCUGAGAGACAUUUGCAUGUACACCCUCAUGCUGCUCCUGCAUUGGCUUGUACUGUGUGGGAAAGUCUCCCAGGAUGAAUAUUCCCUCAAUCAAGCUAUCCGGAAUGAGUUUGCAAGGAAUGCCAGGAGCUCCUCCGGUGGCCUGACAAGUGUGGGGGCCUGGUGGGACUGGAGUCUGACCACACUGCUGGAUGGCCUGCAUGGGCGAGGCGCCCACACAGCCGGCGUGCCACGUGCUCAGCCCGGAGCCCUUGGCGGGAAGUGCUACCUCAUGGGCGCUUUGGUCAUUAAACAGCUGAGAGCUUCCUCUGACAGAGAGUGCGAGCUUCCCAGCCCACCUUCAGUGCUUACUGAAGACUCUCCUCCUACACGUAGCCCCCAAGUGGGAGCUACCGACACCAGCUCUGUGACAGAUCCAGCCAUCCAGGGAGUGGCUGCAAGUGGCCCCGGGGACUACGGGGCGAGGGAGCACUGGGUGCUCAGCCUGGGCAGCACAAGGGCGGCGGCCCACGCGGCCCUGAGCGGCCUCAGGGCCAGCAGGUGGAUAGACUGCAGCACCAGAGCCGUGUCCGUGCACUUCACUCUCUAUAACCCUCCGACUCGACUCUUGUCCAGCGUGUCCCUGCGCGCCGAACUGCUCCCUGCAGGGGGCCUGGCCCUCUCCCCGCUGGUGGAGUCGGUGGCCGUCUUCCACAGCGACUCGUCCCGGUGGUACCGCCUCACACUUCCUGAGCUGGUCUUCCUGGCGCUCAACCUGAUCGGCCUGUGUCUGCAUCUCUCCGGCAUGGCUGAGACGGGCGUCCGCAGCUACUGGCACAGCCCGGGGCGCUGGCUGGAGCUCACCGUGGUUGGAGCCGGCCUCGCCUACCACGCAGCCUCCAGCCACCUGGUCACUCUCACCGGGGAGGUGGCCGACCACUUCCAAAAGGGACUUUUCCACGAGUUUCUAGACCUCAGUCUUGUGACUUCAUGGAAUCAGAGGGUGUCGUGGCUGCAGGGGACCCUGUCAUUCGUCCUGACGCUGAAGUGCAUCUGCCUUGUUGGUGUCCAGACACCGGUGGCGUCCUGCUCCUUCCUGACACGCCGCUCUUUCGCUGGCGUCUUCGCGGCAGGGCUGGCGGGCGUCCUGAUGCUAGCAGCCCACUCCCACCUGCGCGCAGCACCGCCUGGCACCUUCACGGACGUCUCCCAAGGCCUGCCGUUCCGUUUUCCAGGAAGACGCCAAAGAGACACGUUCCCCGGUCUUUCCAAGUCUGACCCGUGGGCCCCGGCUUGGUGCUGUGGGGCUUUCUUUAUAGUAACGAGCACCGUGUGGUUGGGAAUGCUGAGAGGUUCCCUCAUGACUCUUGUUCGAAAAAGAAAAUCUUUCCAAAGCAAAUCCCUUGUGAGUCUAAAGGACGUGACUGCGUGCGUGUGGGCAGUGCCUGGCCUUGCUGGGACUGGAGCGGCCACAGGGGGAAGAGGCUGA